AAGUGCCCGGAUUCUGAAAGAGCAUGAAUUUACUUCCUGUCAAACGAUUUUGAAACAAUCCUGUAUUAAUCCAUGAAGUAUCGCGACAUUUAGAGGUUACUGCAGAAGAAAGGCCAAAAUAUGUCUCAACCGGUAUCAUCAGCGCCCCAGCAUUGGCACCCUGGACAGAAAGUAGUAGCACUUUUCAAUUUUGAUGGAAGUUCGGAUGAUGACCUGCCUUUCAGGAAACAUGAUCGACUGACCAUACUUAGAAAUACCAGUGAUCCUAACUGGUACCAUGCUCAGAGUGAAAGCGGUAAAGAAGGCAUGAUCCCAUCCAACUAUGUCAAACCAGCGUCCCAGUCACCGCGUGAUGGCCGACCGCCAGGGCCCCCAACCGAUAAAAAAGAAGUCAGACUCAAUGCAAUGCCAUGGUUUCAUGGUAACAUAACGAGAGAGAAAACAGAAGACAUCCUUAACCCACGACAAGAUGGUUUAUUUCUAAUACGAGACAGCCAGAACUUCAAGGGAAACUACACGCUCAGUGUGGCAUUUGAACAAAAAGUUGAACAUUAUAAAAUCCUGUUUCAAAAUAAUAAACUGACCAUUGAUGAAGAGGAAUACUUCGAUAAUUUAACAGAUUUAGUUGAUCACUAUAAAAAAGAUGCUGAUGGCCUUUGUGUGAAUUUGAAACAAGGUUUAGAGAAAAAAGGUCCCCUGAACUUCUCGGUGAAUCAGGACGACUUUGUUGCCGGCGGUUGGGUGAUUGAUAAAUCUCAGUUGGAGUUGGGAGAUACUAUAGGGAAAGGCGAAUUUGGAGCUGUUUUAAAAGGUGUCUUCAAAGGCCAAAAGAUAGCAGUGAAGACGCUGAAAGAUGACACACGAGCAGCGCAGGGAUUUUUAGCUGAAGCCUCACUUAUGACGUCGUUACGUCAUCCCAAUCUGGUGGAGCUGAUGGGAGUGGUCCUAGGCGAAACUAUAUAUAUAGUGACAGAGUUUAUGGGAAAAGGCAACUUAGCUGAUUUCCUCCGGUCAAGAGGAAGAAGUAUCAUUGUCAAAAAAGACCAACUAAACUUUGCAAGGGAUGUCUGUGCUGGCAUGGCAUACCUGGAAAGCGCAGACUUAGUCCACCGAGAUCUUGCUGCCAGGAAUAUACUCUUAUCUGAUGAAUGUAUUGCUAAGGUGUCUGAUUUUGGUCUUGCAAGACAUACAGAGUCAAAUCAAGAGGGAGGAAAGUUCCCCAUCAAGUGGACUGCUCCAGAGGCCCUCAGGGACAAUCUAUUUAGUAAUAAGUCAGAUGUGUGGAGUUUUGGUAUCUUGCUGUGGGAGAUCUAUGCAUUUGGACGAAUGCCGUAUCCACGAAUACCUCUUGCUGAUGUAGUUCACCAUGUCUCACAAGGCUACCGAAUGGAGAAACCAGAGGGCUGUCCACAGAAUGUCUACCUUAUUAUGGGAAAAUGCUGGGAUGAAAGUCCAAACAAACGACCAGCGUUUUCAGAAAUGUUACAGAAGCUUGAACUGUUCCAGACUCAGUCGACAUAAUAAUAUUUUCAUGUUCAUUUGGACAUUUUGAUUGUAUUCUGUUGUUAACCCCUUUGGGGCCAAACCAGACGACCUGACAAGUAUGUUGCAAAAUGAUAUUUAUUUGCACUGUUUUGAGGAAACAACGAAAACCGUCUUUACCCAUGUUAUAUCACCAUUUCUUAUGGUUAUCCUGAUGGAAGUUUUAAAACUUCAAUAUUAGUGGUUAAUGUUGCACAUUGGUUGUACAUGGAGUUGGACUAUUAAGUCUAUUUUUUAGUGGUGUUGACUCAAAAUGUUAAUUUGGAUGUGUUUCAAAAUUUGCAAUGAAGUCCUUUUGUGUCUGUUCUCUUAUGGACAGAUGGGUUGCUGUCUGUACGGCGCUGUAUUCUAAUUCACCAAUUAUUUGUAAGCCCUGUCUUCGGAACAUUUUCAGUGAUACUUAAUAAGGGUUGUUUUAAACCUGUCACCAAGUCUGAGGGGCAAAGGUCAUGUUUUCAGAUGUAAUCUUGAGCGGAUGAUUUUCUCAAUUUUCUUUGGUGUUUAUUCAUAAAUCAAUAGCUCAAGUGCUGAUGAUAGGAUAGUGUACAUUCCAGUCCUUGUAUAUGAAUGGAGUGGGAAACUAAAAUGGACUACUCCAGUAUCCACCCACACACUCUCGUAAUAAGUGAAUGAUGCUAAUGCUUGCAAUAUCUUUGUCCCCGCCUGACUGACCUCUGUCACUGCCCGACAUAUAACGGUGGGAUUUGUCCCAGCAUGUUCAUAUUGGGAACCUGAAUAUCAUUUAUAUGACCACAUGUAACAACAGCGCUGGACCCAGAAAGCCUUAUAUCAUCAAUAUUUGUUACAAACACUGCAUAAUUACUGUAUUAAAUCACGUCCAGUACUCGACAUAUUUAGUGAAUUCUCAGAAGGUUAAAGGGAACUUGAACCGCUGAGCGAUUUAUUCAACUUUUCGACUUUCACCGCCCGAGAAAGUCAAACUUCCAACUUCCUAUUCGAGUUCAGAUUUGUAGCUUCAAUUUGUUAUUAUUGAGAAUCAUGUGAGAAUCACGUGAGUCAUGCGAUCUUUCAUUCAUGAGUUUUCGUAGUAAAUUCCAUAGUGGUGACGUCACUCAAUGAUUGACAGCUAGGCGCCAUGUUUCAUUCAUGCCUCGUUCUGAUCACCCGAUACGCGGAAAUGAAAACAAGGUCAUACGAACUGGCUUGGCGGUUUCAGUUCCCUUUAACUCUAUUAGGAUCUUUUGGGACUGGUGCUGGAAGAAUAUCUACUUUAAUGGUACCCUAACGCAGAUACCUCAACACUAACAUUACCGUACGCCAUUUGUUUGAAAUUGAAUGAGACUUUUCAAUUCUGAAAUACACAUUGAAUAUGAGUUAUGUACACCAAUAUGUAUGCACAUACUCUAUUGGUCAUCAUGUUGACUCGGGUUAUUGUAUAGUGACAAUGUUAAUUUCUAUUGUGGCACAGACAAAAUAAUGUACACAAACAGCGUAGGACUAAUAACUGAACACAGAAAUGUAUUGCUUUUGUAAGAGAAAUGAAUUCUGUUCUUUGUUUUGUGAUCGAUAGCCUUACAGAGAGAGCACUGCUUCUAUGAUGCAACUUAAUGUGUUGUCCUUAUAGCUGUGUAUGUAGUUAGGUAAAAAGAUUACCAGUAUUUAACUGCUGCAGAUUUCAUGCUGGCAUUAUCAUAAUUAAACUACUGAUUUUUGAGAAAAUUAGAUGAAUUAUGUGAAUUGCUAAAAUGUGACCUUUGUUGUUUGUGUUGCAAUCUACCUGAUUAAAGCAGGUUCAGGGUGUCUCAAAAAUAGUUGUAUCUGAUGUAGUAUAAUCAAAAUAUCCUUUACAAUAGCUGUAAAAUAACUCAAUUAAUGAGUUCUUAAUAUUGCUAUGGAAAUACUUGUCUUAAACCUAGCUUAAUCGGUUCAAUGUUCCAUUAAAAAGAGUUGAAAGUGAAAGCUUUUUUCAUCCCAAAUUCUGUUCCUCUUAUUCCAAUUCUCUUCUAUUUCCGAGACAUCCUUCCUGGUUCUUUUCGUGACGGUACAAUAUUUUAAGCUUUUUUUUCUACUCGAUUUUAGCAAAUACUAAUCAAGCUGUAAAUUAUUUAGGAGAAAACAUAUGAAAUACUCCUAUAUUAUUUUCAAAUUCAUCUCAAAUUAUCAUAAUUGUACAUAGUAGCAUAGGUUUUCAUUCAUAUGAAAAGUACAACGCAAUCACUGAGCAAAUAUGUCAUGACAGAUAUAAAUAUGUCAUUGAUUAAUUGAUUGACGUCGUGACAUCGAGACCUUAUCGUUAGCCACAAUUUCUGCUAGGCGACACUUAGGGAAGUUCACAAGGUAAAUUGUGAAACACCUUAUGUGUCGGCAGUGGCAGAUUCAGGGGUUGGUGCAUGAGGCACGGCCCCCCCUUUUGGUCCGAGAGCAGCAAUUUUUUAGGGUGCCUCUCCACAAGAAGCAUGUAGCGACUUCUAAUUUUAGCCUUAAGUGCCCGGAAAAUGCCUUUUUCUUCUUGGAGAGGGCCCCAUACCAACCCUCGUUUCCUUCUGUGCUCUCUGGAUGGGACUGCGCCUCUCAUUUCCCGAAUUUCUGGAUCCGCCACUGCUCAAUGUCUGAUUCUGCUACUAAUAUUUCUGUGUAAAUCAUACUUUUUUCAGAGGUUAAUAUUUUGUUGUCAUGUGCUUUUCACUUCACUCUGGUGCAAACAGAAAUGAGUGUAGUUACAGUUUAAUGUUGUCAAUGUGAAGUGUUUUUUUAUCGAGCUGUUUGAAUGGUUAGUGAAGACCAUUACAUUCUCUUCACAUUGAUGUAAACCCUUUUAGAUUGCCCAUGGUUAGUACCCUUAACCUUAAAAGUGCCAGUUGCUGUAAACUAGGUCGGAUGCUGUUGCAAUAUUCAUGGUGAGAGCAAUGGUCUUGUAAGAUAUAUCAUAGAGCAGUUUGAACCAUCACCCCUUUUGUGGAUUAGUAUUGAAUCCUUUGGUUGGGACCCAGAACCUUCCAAAUACCAUUUACUGUAAACUCAGCUAGGAGCUGUUUUGAUAUUCAUGGUGGCAGCACUGGGUUUAUGAAUUAUGUCAUUGCAAUAGUUUUGCUACCUUGUUUUCUAGAAAGUCUGUGUAGCUCCUGACCAGUUAUACAGUAUGAUCUCCUCCCCAGAAGAAUCAGCUAAAGAGACGUACCACUGUUUGAGAUUCUGCUGACAUAAAACUUCUCUUGGGUAGCAAGACAGUAUCAGUCCGUUUAAAUUCUUUUUAUCUUUAAACUGAUCAUGUUGAUAUCUGGACACUGUUAAUGCCUAUUGUUCCAAAAUUGGGUCCAUGAUGCUGGUGUAAUGCUGUAGGUAAUAUGAAACAGAUGAGUUUUCUCAGACAUGCCUCGGUGUUCAUGAGCUUGAUAAAUUUUCAUGUCCAUUAUAUAAACAUUGUACAUUGAGAUAAAUAAAACAAAAUAUGAUAAGAAAUGAUAA